UCGAGCAGAAUGGCAGACACCAGUGACGCCCCCGAAAAUGAAACGCCGAACCAGCGCCAAGCGCGGUUACGGCGGGAGAAGCGACAGAAGAAGAUGGCGGAGCAGGGCGAAGACCGGCUGGCUCGCAUCAAAGCGCUGAACGGCGGCGUAGCACCACCAGAAGAAGUGCUCGGCGGCCCCGUUGCGCAGGGCACGAAAUCAGCAUACGUCGAAGAUCCGGACGAAGUGGAUAUCAGCACCGUCACGCCCGGGAACGGCACGCCCAGCCGACAGCAACACGUCGAUGCAGUGGACAACCCCCUCGCGGCGGCGAUGCUACAGAUGCAGCAAGAGCAGGCUCGGAAUCAACGACAGCAGAGGGCGGAAGGGAGUGCGGAGGAGGAUCCGAUGGCGAGGAUGAUGGAGCAGAUGAUGGGACUAAUGGGCGGCGACCCCUCCAAUCCCAACGCGAAACCCCCGGACCUCCCGCCUGCUCUGAAGGCAUUGAUGGGUGGUGUUGGUGGAGCAGCUGGUGCGCAACAGCAAGAACCGCCGGCAACGAGCUCGACGUAUUUGUGGAGGGCUGUGCAUGCCGUAUUCGCUCUCCUCCUCGCCGGCUACAUCGCGGUGACAUCUACAUUCACCGGCUCGAAACUUGCGCGCGAACCCCACUUCUACGCUUCGGGCGAAGGCCACGGACUGGAGCGCCGGCUGUUCCUCAUCUUCUGCACGGCGGAGCUGGUGUUGCAGAGCACGCGGUAUUUCGCGGAAAAGGGGCAGUUACGGGGGAAUGGAAUGUUGGCCAAGGUGGCCAACAGUGGGUUCGUGCCGGAGCCGUGGGCGGGCUAUGUACGCAUCGUAGGGAGGUAUGUGGGCAUUGCGCAGACGAUUAUGACGGAUGCCAUGGUGAUUGUCUUCGUGUUCGGGGCCAUGGCGUGGUGGAGAGGGGCUGCUGCUGCGUGA